CUUGUAUUAAGUCUGAUCUGAAUGGCGGUCAUGAUGGUUUAUCUGCUCACGUCAAUGGCCAGGCUCCAUCUGAAGACUUUGAGCACAUCAUUCGGUCAAUGGCUCAGGGCCGGUACGUGACUAACAUUGAACUUGUGAAGCCAGUAUCAGGUGGUUUGGGGUUCAGUGUCAUUGGAUUGUGUAGCGAGAACCGCGGAGAACUCGGCAUCUUUAUUCAGGAGAUUCAGGCCGGGAGCGUAGCAUACAGUGAUGGUAAACUGAAAGAAGGAGAUCAGAUCCUGGCGAUUAACGGUCAGCCGUUAGAUCAGAACGUCAGUCAUCAGCAGGCCAUUGUGAUUCUGCAGCGAGCAUCGGAUCAUGUGAGGAUUACAGUCGCCCGUGGACCUGUACCACAACUCUCAAGUCCGGUGGUGUCCAGAACUCCCAGUGCAGCUAGCACACUUUCAGCACACUCCAGUGCGACUCACUGGACUCACGUGGAGACGAUCGAGCUGGUGAAUGAUGGAACUGGUUUGGGUUUUGGGAUCGUUGGUGGUAAAACUACUGGAGUUAUUGUCAAAACCAUCUUACCGGGAGGCAUUGCUGACCAGGACGGUCGUUUACGUAGUGGUGAUCACAUCCUGAGGAUCGGUGAUACGGAUCUAUACGGUCUGAGCAGUGAGCAGGUCGCUUAUGUCCUAAAACAGUGUGGAAACAGAGUCAGAUUGGUCAUAAGUCGAGCGACGGUGGAUGAUGCUCAACCUGUACCUGUCCCCUUACCGACCGUCACUGAACAACAGGGACUCGAGGAUGAGUCGGAUGCUUUUGACGUGAGUCUGACUAAAAAUGCUCAGGGUUUAGGCAUCACGAUCGCCGGGUAUGUGGGGGACAAAACCUCAGAGCCGUCUGGAAUAUUUGUAAAAAGCAUUUCCAAAGACAGCACUGUGGAGCAGGAUGGACGUAUUCAUGUCGGAGAUCAGAUCAUAGCUGUGGAUGGUGUGAAUAUUCAGGGCUACAGCAACCAGCAGGCCGUUGAAGUUUUGAGACACACCGGUCAGACGGUUCAUCUGAAACUGGUCCGACGCGGUUUUGAUCCAGAGGACGCAUGCCCACCAAUCACAGAGGACAGACAAGUCCCAAGCGCACCGAAAAUCUCGAGUAUGGACAGCACGGAAACGUCGACACAUGAUGAGAAAUCUUGUCUCACUUCAGCUGAAAACUCCAAUCCCCCAUCUGUCACGAUCCCGUCGAUCAGAUCUCCAGAAAGACCAGAAGGUCCUGUAGGAAUGAAGCUGAGCUCUGAGGAUGAACACAAACUGAUGCAGAAGUGGCAGACAGAGCGAGGCGUCUUCGGUGAGAUAACUGUGGCUCAGGUACAGAAGUUCAGUGAGAACAGCGGUUUAGGCAUCAGUCUGGACGCCUGCGCCGGACGUCACUACCUGUGCUCGGUGCUUCCAGAGGGACCUGUCGGACGAUCCGGAAAAAUCUGCAGUGGAGACGAACUUCUGGAGGUGAAUGGCAUUCCUCUCAGAGGAGAGACUCAUAAAGACGUCGUUGACAUUCUGAAGGAGCUUCCUAUUUGUGUGACCAUGGUUUGCUGUAGACCCGCCCCUCCAGUGAUUGACAAUCAAAACAACCAACCACAACUGGAGGAUGUGACAAUAAACUCCACAGUUCAGGUCCACGGUGAUUUCGAAAACUUUCUGGUUGCUGAUGAGAACGUGAGGGAACUUGAAGAGUCCACAGGAUCACCGCUGGCCAUGUGGGAAACAGAGAUUCAAGACAUUCAGCUGGAGAAAGGAGAAAGCGGCUUGGGCUUUAGCAUCCUCGACUACCAGGACCCCAUGGACCCGAGUAAAACAGUAAUUGUGAUCCGGUCGUUGGUUCCUGAUGGUGUAGCAGAGCAAGAUGGACGCCUGUUGCCAGGAGAUCGUCUCAUGUAUGUUAACAACAUCCACCUGGAGAACGCCAGUCUGGACGAGGCGGUGCAGGCUCUGAAGGGUGCAAACAUGGGUGCUGUUCACAUUGGGGUGGCCAAACCGCUGCCUAUGGACUCCAGCGAACUGUCUGAUGAUAAAGCAUUCGAGCAUCGUUUUGUGGAGGAGGACGAUGACACACCGCAGGCGUCAAUGAUCGCUCAGCACGGCAGUAUCUGCAGCCCUGACGUCACCUAUCAGAUGAGCGGACAGUCCUCAACACCUAAGAGCCUUCAUCAUGAGUCUUUCACGGAUUAUCCCUUCACAUCCGGACUGAUGGAUAACACAGAGCCUUUUACUCCGGAGAGGAGUGCUGCGGCCUGGAUGCCUGAGGGAGGGACUUUUAGGCUUGAACCCGCCUACUCUGAUUUGUUAUGCGAACGUGGCCUAGAAGGGGUGGAGCCAUUGACAUCAGAGGCAGAGUUAUGUGACAUUAUCCCCACCCUUGAAGACACAAACAUAGGGGUUGCCCAGUCAUUUGGCGUGGGCACAAUGAUGGACGGAGAGGGUGUGGUUAAGAGUGGUUUCCAUGGAGACCAAGACUUUCAUAAGGAUGAAGAUUUUCUAUUAGAUGAACCUGUAGAUGAGCAAGUUAAAGUCAUCACGGCUGGGAGUUUUGAGAGGACCAUCACCGUCAUCAAGGGAACCUCCAGUCUAGGAAUGACUGUGUGCGCAUUAAAGGACGGAGCAGGUAUGUUGAUUCGCAGCAUCAUUCACGGUGGCUCUAUCAGUCGGGACGGACGACUCGGAGUCGGUGACCUUAUCCUGGCCAUUAAUGGAGAACCAAUGGGAACUCUGACCAAUGCCCAGGCUCGAGCUAUGCUGCGUAAACACUCUCUGAUUGGACCAGACAUGGGCUCAACAGGUGCAUUAAAUGAAGAUCACAGCUCCAUCUCUGUUAUCACGUAUGUACCAGCAGAAUAUAUUGAAGAAUACAGAGCGGGCCAACAGAAUGACAUUCAGUCUGAAGACAACAGCAACACUGGACAUCCAAGAGUCUCAGAGCUUCCAGAGAGGGAAGAUGGAGAGGGAGAAGAGAGUGAACUACAAACAGCAACAUCCAACAACUGGCAUCUACCGCGGAGAGUGGAGCUGUACAGAGAGACGGGUAAAUCUCUGGGCAUCAGUAUUGUCGGUGGCAGAGGUAUGGGCAGUCGCCUUAGCAACGGUGAAGUGAUGCGGGGCAUUUUUAUUAAACACAUCCUAGAGGACAGUCCUGCAGGACACGGCAGCUCACUGAAGACAGGAGACAGGAUUAUAGAGGUGGGUGGAGUGGAUCUGCGUGAUGCCAGUCAUGAACAGGCGGUGGAGGCUAUCCGUAAUGCUGGAAAUCCUGUAGUGUUUUUGGUCCAGAGCAUCAUUCACAAACCCAAAACAUCUGUGAUGGAUGCAGUGGAGAGCAGAUCAGAGUCCAGCAGUGAGGAGGCCGUUGAGACUCACAGUAGACUUUUCCUCCGUCUGUGUCCGACUAAUCCCUUUACCCCUACACCGUUUAAGCUGAAUCGUGAGACUGGAAACAUCUCUCCGGCGACAGCCGUCCUCGUUCCACACAUCGGUGAGACAGACACAGACGCUCUUAUGGAGAUUCCUGACUGUCUCACCCCUGAUACUGAUGAAGAGGAAGAAGAGGAGGAUGAGUACGGCUACAGCUGGAAGAAGGUAAGAGAGCGUUAUGGUGGUUUGCCGGGUGAACUGCACUUGAUCGAGCUGGAAAAGGGUCGUACGGGUCUGGGUUUGAGUCUGGCUGGGAACAGAGACCGCUCUCGUAUGAGUGUGUUUGUGGUGGGCAUCGAUCAAAGCGGCGCCGCUGGUCAGGAUGGACGAAUCAUUGUGGGAGAUGAACUUCUGGAGAUCAACGGUCAGGUACUGUACGGCCGCAGUCAUCAAAACGCCUCAGACAUCAUUAAGAGAACCCCAUCAAAGGUCAAAAUCAUCUUCAUAAGGAACAGAGAUGCUUUGAGUCAAAUGGCUGUUGGGCCGAUGAAUGAGUUUACAGACUCACUGGAUAUAAACACAGAGGAGGAUGGAGAGGUAGGUGUGAUCCUGAAGGAGGAUAACAACAGAAAUGGAUGGAUGAAUCAGAAUGUGGAAGAUAAUGGACCAGUAGCAAGGCCUUCCUCACCCAAUCAGAUGUGCUCAAGAUCAGACUCAGGAAUCAGCCCUCAAACCUGUCCAUCUUUGACAUCUUUAACAUCCGAGACAGAGCCGUUUAGAAGUUCAAGCAGAUGUUCAACACCGGCGACCUUAGCUUCUGAUCCAGUGACGUGUCCCAUAAUCCCCGGCUGUGAGACCACUAUAGAGAUCUGUAAAGGCAGAACAGGACUCGGGCUCAGCAUUGUGGGCGGCUGUGAUACUUUAUUGGGAACAAUAAUAAUUCAUGAGGUGUAUGAGGAGGGCGCUGCAUCUAAAGAUGGUCGGCUCUGGGCAGGAGAUCAGAUCCUGGAGGUAAAUGGCAUAGACUUGCGCGUGGCGAGCCACGACGAGGCGAUCAAUGUUUUACGACAGACACCACAGCAGGUUCGGCUGAUCAUUUUCAGAGACGAAGGCCAGUAUAAGGAGGAGGAACUGUGGGACACUUUGACUGUUGAGUUUCAGAAGAAACCAGGCCAAGGUCUCGGGCUCAGCAUCGUCGGGAGACGGAAUGACACAGGAGUCUUUGUAUCAGACAUUGUGAAGGGUGGAGUCGUGGAGAGUGAUGGCCGUCUGAUGCAGGGAGAUCAGAUUCUCUCUGUUAACAGUGAAGAUGUCCGCUGUGCCACACAAGAAUAUGUGGCUGCUCUUCUCAAGAGUUGUUCUGGUCCAAUAAGAAUGGAGGUGGGCCGUUUUAAGGCGGGGCCGAUUCACUCCGAGCGUCGUCUGUCUCAGAGCAGUCAGGUCAGUGAGACGGGCAGCUGUAAAGUUCCUUCAUAUUCCAGCUGUGUGGCUUCACAGGAAGACGCAGAGGAAACUCGUGAAUUGGUGGACCAAGAUAUCAGGAUGGUUGAAUUCACAAAGGGUCCGACUGAUUCUCUGGGCAUCAGUAUAGCUGGAGGGGUGGGCAGUCCUUUGGGAAAUGUGCCCAUCUUUAUCGCAUUGAUGAAUCCCAGUGGCCUGGCAGCACAGACGAACAAACUUCAGGUUGGAGACAGGAUUGUGUGUAUUUGUGGCCACAGUGCAGAAGGAAUGACUCACAAUCAAGCCGUUUCACUGCUGAAGAACACAACAGGCCUCAUACAGCUACAGGUGGUUUCCGGUGAUCCGACAGUGACCGGACCGUCAUCAGAACAGACGGCAGGACUCACAGCCAGCAGUAUUUUUCACGAUGACCUCGGUCCUCCACAGUGUAAGAAUAUCAGUUUAGAGAGAGGACCUGAUGGGUUGGGCUUCAGUAUUGUCGGUGGUUUCGGUAGCCCGCACGGUGACCUGCCAAUCUAUGUGAAAACUGUUUUCAGCAAGGGUGCAGCGUCAGAGGAUGGCCGACUUAAACGUGGAGAUCAGAUCGUUGCUGUUAAUGGUCAAAGUUUAGAAGGCGUCACUCAUGAGGAGGCUGUCGGCAUUCUGAAGAAAACCAAAGGAAACGUCACGCUCACUGUUCUCUCAUAAACACAACACUGUUACCACUUUUAAACACUGGAUUACACACAAAUGUUUCUCAUACGUACUGAAGUCUUGCUGUAACAACUAAACUACACCAGAGAGCAGAUGACUCUGGGCCGGAUCCCCACUGAAGCUGCUGACUUCGGUGCAAAUCUGGCCCAGAGUGAUCUGCUGUCUGGCACAUCAAGGGCCUCAUUUAUAAAGUGAAAUCCAUGGCAACAUUCACAUUUAUAAAAAAAUUAAUUGGAAAAGUGCUUAGCGCCACAUCAGGGUUCGAGCAGGGGACUUUCGCUUGUCUGAUUGCUGCCAGUGUUUGAAAAUAUAAGUCAUUCUUGCUGCUCAUAAAGGAUUUAAACAUUGACAGGCACUCUUUUAUGUGUCAAUGACAUGAAUUGAGAAUCGUUUAAAGGUGGAGAUCUGAAACUGCUCAGCUGCGCACAAGUUCAAGAUCAUUUGCGAUCUAUAGAUUACACAUCUUAAAGAAAGGGGAAUGUGCGUUUUCUGUGCGUACGUUCGUUCCAUGUAUCACACGUGCGCAUUUUUGAGAAAUGAUCGUGAGCUCAAAUUUAAGAUGGUUUCUAUGCAGCAUUUUAUAAAUAAGGCCCCAGGUUCCUGACAAAUGUGUUUAUUAAACACUUUUUAUAGUAAUAUGUAAGCAAGAACUAUAAAUAAAUUGGCAAGAUGGUAUAUGAAUGUAAAAAAUACUUCUACAUCACAAUGUAUAUACUUCAGAUUUAUUUACUCAAGUUUUAGUCAUGUUUGUCAGUGAUGGCAAACAAAAUUGAUUUGUUUCUUGUCACGAUAUUCAAACCACACAAAUGAAAGCUACAGAAGAUGGAAAGACUUUUAAUGCGUCAGGAUUUAAACAACAUUUUCCUCACGAUAACUUCAGAGUAACGUGCACAAGACUAGUGUUAGUUAGCUUUAUUUUUAAGGCUUUUAAAAGUCUUUCACAUUUUAUGAAAGUCAUACAGGUUUGGAAUGACAGUAGGACAGAAUUGUAAGUUUUGGGUGUAACUGUUCAGUUUAAGUAUUUUAUUAAUGAAAACUGUAUCUUUCCUGAUAUUAAACUCAGAAUAAAAUGUAUUCCAUUUAUGAAGACAAAGCGGAAUUAUGAAGGUGAAAAUUGUAGGAUGAAUAAUGUGCUGACGUGUACAGUAUGAAGUGUUUUUCCUGAGGGGAAUUUUAAUGAAUUUUAUGAAGUUUUGCCUUUGUGUAAUAUAUAAACACUUAGUAUUCAUGCUGAUUUUUGUUUGCACAAUUGUUUUUCUGACACAGUAUUGGGUUUUACUACGAAUUAAAGAAAUGGAAGUGAACUUCAAA